CGCCCCGCGCGCUUCCGGUGAGUGGGCGUGGCCUGGAGCCCCGCCUCCGCGCUUGCCUGAGGCGGCUGUGGCGGCGGCCGAGCCGAGUUGAGGCGAGCGGAUCCCGCCAUGGGGAACUGCCACACGGUGGGGCCCAACGAGGCGCUCGUCGUCUCAGGCGGCUGUUGCGGUUCCGAUGACAAGCAGUACAUCUACGGCGGCUGGGCCUGGGCCUGGUGGUGCAUUUCUGACACCCAGAGGAUUUCCCUAGAGAUAAUGACGUUACAGCCCAGGUGUGAGGACGUAGAGACGGCGGAGGGGGUAGCUUUAACUGUCACAGGUGUGGCCCAGGUGAAAAUAAUGACCGACAAGGAACUCCUGGCCGUUGCUUGCGAGCAGUUCUUGGGGAAGAAUGUCCAGGACAUCAAGAACGUGGUUCUGCAGACGUUGGAGGGGCACCUUCGGUCCAUCCUGGGCACUUUGACCGUGGAGCAGAUCUAUCAGGACCGAGACCAGUUUGCCAAGCUGGUGCGGGAGGUGGCAGCGCCAGACGUGGGCAGGAUGGGCAUCGAGAUCCUCAGCUUCACUAUCAAGGAUGUCUACGAUAAAGUCAGCUACCUGAGCUCGCUGGGAAAAACCCAGAUUGCCGUGGUCCAGCGAGACGCCGAUAUCGGCGUGGCCGAAGCCGAGCGAGACGCCGGCAUCCGGGAGGCCGAGUGCAAGAAGGAGAUGUUAGAUGUGAAGUUCAUGGCGGACACCAAAGUGGCCGACUCCAAGCGGGCCUUUGAAAUGAAGAAGGCCGCCUUCACUCAGGAGAUCAACAUGAAGUCGGCCGAGGCUCAGCUGGCCUACGAGCUGCAGGGCGCCAAGGAGCAGCAGAAGAUCCGCCAAGAGGAGAUCGAAAUCGAGGUGGUCCAGCGCCGGCGGCAGAUCGACGUGGAGGAGAAGGAGAUCGUGAGGAUGGACAAAGAGCUCAUCGCCACCGUCCGGCUGCCGGCCGAGGCCGAGGCCCACCGCAUGCAGGAGAUCGCCGAGGGGGAAAAGGUCAAGCAGGUGCUGAUCGCCCAGGCCGAAGGGGAGAAGAUCCGCAAGAUCGGCGAGGCCGAAGCCCUGGUGAUCGAGGCCAUUGGCAAGGCCGAGGCCGAGAAGAUGAAGCUCAAGGCGGAGGCCUACCAGCAGUAUGGGGAGGCAGCCAAGAUGGCCUUGGUGCUGGACGCCCUGCCUCACAUCGCAGCCAAGGUCUCGGCUCCCCUGUCCAAGGUGGACGAGAUCGUCAUCCUCAGCGGAGACAACAACAAGGUGACGUCGGAGGUGAACCGGCUCCUGGCUGAGAUCCCGGCGUCUGUGCAUGCCCUCACCGGAGUCGAUCUCACCAAGAUUCCCCUGAUCCAGAAGGCCACCGGAGUGCAAGCCUGAGUCUCCACCGAUUGGGGAAGACCACCCCUCCCAUGAUGCACUUCCCACCCGCUGCGGUCUCGUGGUUCAGCAGGGGAUGGGGGGGAGCCCCUCUCAGUGGGUGCCUUAAUCGUGGGAGGAACACGGCUGCCCCCCAGUCCCCCCAACCGCCCUUGCAUCUCUAAGAGAAGGGUCUCCGAGUCGUUUCUCUGCUCUGUGUCGUGCUAGCCAACACCUCCCGUCCCCCUCCCCCCUCUCCCCCUCCCCUCCCACUUCGUGCCUUGACUGCCUGCACCCGCCACCCCCCUCCCCACACAGACUGUUGCUUGCCCCCUAUGGGCCUGACCUCCCCGCCCUUCAAGUACACACCUGGAGGUCUCUGACCUCCCCCAUCCUCUCCAUCCCUCCAGUGGAUGGGCUGCCUUGCAGCCCCCAAGCGCAGGGUCUGCCCAGGUGCCCGGAAGAGGAGGGGGGGGAUUUGACAGACGGCUUUGACUGGGAGUCGUCCCCCUUCCCACAGCCUCCCUCCAUUCAGUAGUUUGUCUCCAGAUUGUUCCUGGUCUUUAGCCGGUCUGCUGCCUCCUCCUUGGGCGGGGAGUGGGGGGUCCGACCUCCCAGAGCCCACCCCUCACCAGCCGUCCGCAGCUUUGCCUGUGUCCAGUGGAACCGCCUCCCCUUUGGCCCACCUGGCCCACCCGCGAAAGUGCCUGACCGGUCCGUCUGGAUCCCAGACGUUGCAUGCUGCCACCCCCCCCUCCGUGCCUCGGAAGCCCUGGAAGGGCAGGCUGGGGGGCCUGAAGACCCCCUCCGGGCUCUGCCCUGCUCCUCCGGCCCAUCCCCCUUCCUCACCAGCACGAGUUUUCAUCCGGGCAGCUUCCAAGGGCCGGCUUCGAGCCCCCAAUGACCUCCCCCAAACAGCAGGCCCCUUCCUCGCACCCUGUUUUGGGGGGCUCUCUCCUUGACGCCCCCCUGAGAAAGGCCGGGGCUCCAUGCUGAGACCAGAGGGGAAACUGGCCCUGGUGUUGCCUAACUCUGAGGGCUCAAAUUGUCUGGCUGGCUUGACACCUCUCCCCACCCCCCUUACAGUCCACGAAAGGUGUUUUCGGUCUGCGGAGGAGGGGAUCCAUCCUGUUACUGAUUUGGGGGCAGCUCUGCCCUCCCAUUUGCUGUGAAGGCAAGGAGGGAAAUGAGGCGCCCUGGAUUCUCAGGGUGGCACCUCCCGUGCUGUGAAUUGGGGUCCUUGCCAGGGUCUUGGGCUGGGGGGGGCGGGGGGGAUGCCACGAGGCUGGAGUCCCAUUUCUAAAGGUUAGCAUCCCUGCAGGGCUGCCUCCUCGGCCUCUGGAGGUCACCAAGUCCUUCCCAGCCCCGCUGCUCCUUCUGCAGCCCCCCUCGGCCAGCCCGCUGCCCCACAGAAGCUGCCUGUUCCCCCACUCCCUUCCCUGCUUGGGCGUGGCGCAUGGCUGCUGGCCUGGCCCAACGUGGCCAGGAAUUCUCAUUUAGCCAAAUGUGAAGUUAUAAUGGACAAUAAAGUUGUUGUGAUCUUGUUAAA